AUGUCUCGGGAAUCUGGGUUCUCCCCAGGUCCCGGGGUAUUCGGGAGGAGCUGCGCCUUCCAGCAUCUGAGCUCCAGGCCGGGUCCAGGAGACCAGACCCGCGCACCCUGCCGACGGUCCCAGCGCCGAGGCCAGGGGGCGCAGGGCCUCGAGCACGCCGGGCUGCGACGCAUCCUCUUUGUAUUCCAUCUCUUUCCGCCGCCUGGUGUCCAGGAAGCGUUUACCGCCCCAGUGACACAAGAGAGCACCGGUAAGGCGAAGGGAGGGUUCCGCGGGCGCGGGUUCCGCGGGCGCGGGUUCCGCGGGCGCGGGUUCCGCGGGCGCGGGUUCCGCGGGCGCGGGUUCCGCGGGCGCGGGUUCCGCGGGCUCAGGGGAGUGCGCGUGCGCCCGGUGGAGGCGGCCCUGCGCGCUUGCCGUAAGCUGCGGGACCCGGGCUGCCUGACUCGCCGGUGGCAGCUGGCGGCCUCGCUUGGCGCCGCAGGGGCCCGGAGGAGUGUGGGGCGGCGCGGACGUUGCGGUGUAAGUGCUCGGAUCGCUGUCCUCUGGAGUCCGCGGGGGGGGGGGGCGGCUGUUGCUGGGAUCUUGGGGUGCAGCCCGGCGGCCCCACUCCUCUCCCCUGGCCGCUUCCUCCUCCCACGCCCGGCAGGCGGGUGUAGCGGGGACCACGCGGCAGCUCUCGCAUCCCGAGCGGCGUCACCGCACGACGGGCCGCUGGGUGCCGGCUCCAGGCGCUGUCUGGCGGGGGUUGGGAUGGGAGAGGGAGGGCGCGCGCUCGGGUCCCACGGGCUGGCCGGGCCGCUGGUGCGUUCCGUGGCUGGAGAACCCGAGCCCAGAUCGUGUCCCGCUUCCCUUUCCUUUGAUGGUAAGGCUCAGGGGGAAAACCUCCUCAAUUGGAAACCGCACACCGCGUCUUCCCUGGGCCGCGGGCGCCGGGUUGGGUGUGUGCGGCUGGGCGCGGGCUCCCUGAGGAGCUCGGCUUCGCGGACCGAGCGGGCGGCGGCGGGGCGGGGACGGAGCGCGCUGAAGCAGCCCCGCGACCUGGCCGGGCUCUUAGUGCACCCAGGAUUCUGGCCACUCCCUCCCAGAGCCCUGCCUUGGCUGAGCUGGUCACCACUGCUUGACCGGGGCUGCCGGCUUGCCUGUCAUCUGCAGUGCAUAGUGGCUGCCUCCAGGAGAUGAUGGUUGUGUGAGUGCCUGCCAUGGCCCACUGGAAGCGUGAGAGCGCGGGGAGCGGCUUGUUGGACCACAGGGUGAGGCUGGGCCCUGUACCCCACAGCCAGGAGCUAAGAUGUGGAGCUGCCCUUGGAGGACUACGUGCCCAGGGGCCUGGAACUGGCCACCCUGUGGCCAGAGAGCCCCAUGCCCAAGCACUAGGAGUGCCACAACCACAGCCCCGAUGCGGACUCCAGCUCCAACUAUGUGAGCAACAUCUUUGGGGAGCAGGACUAUGACGAGGGCGUCCCUGAGGAGGGAGGAGGGCAUCACCUACUACAUCUGCUACUGCCCCAAGGUCAACAGCUACCUGUAGGGCAUGGACUGCAACGGGGAUGAGUACCUGGUCCAUGGCACACACCCCAUGCACACCGACAAGUGUCAGGAGCAUCCACACAAUAUGCCUCGUAACUGGACCAGUGAAGAGUUCAGUCCCUAUUAGAACUGCAAGGCACCCAGUCCCUGUCACCACCUUACUUCAGCAUCUGCAGGGGCUGUACCAAGAGGUCCCUUGCUCUCAGGCCCGUCUGCUCCCUUCCCUGGGACAGGAGAGGAGUGGCUGGACUCGGCAGGCCUGCACCCCCCCGGCCACUGUGCUGAGGGCAGCCAGGACUACCCGGACGGCCACCUGCCCUUCCUGGAGGAUGAGCCCUCUGUCCUGGAGGCCCACGACCAGGAGGAAGACUACUGUCCCAGCAAAGAGGGUUACCAGGACUGCUACCCCACAGAGGCCAACGAGAACACCGGUGCCUCCCACUACCACCUAAGGCAGGGGGACGGGGACUUGGAGGACCAGAAGGAGGACAUCGACUCGAUCGUGGCUGAGAUCAAGAGGUGCCUGAGCAUGACGAACAUCACCAGUGCCAGUGAGACCAGCAGAACUAUAAAAUGUUGCACAGGAGUGACGAACUCUAAAUUCAGGGGAAUGGGUACCUCUAGGGAUGGGUAGAGGAAUAAGCCUGUGGGGGUGGUUCUGGGGGCUUUAUUUCAUAUAUAAGUUUGUUUUAGUUCAUGAAACAAGAGAAAGUCUGAAGCAAGUACAACUACAUAUGAGUAUGUUCUGAUAACCCCAGAGAGUGGUAUCCAGGUGUUUGACAUAUGGGCUUCCUAUAGAUU